AUGUCGGUCCGAGUGGUGGUGGAUUUAUGUAACAGCACAAAAGGGAUAUGCCUAACAGGCCCUCCAGGCCCCCCAGGACCUCCCGGACUUGACGGGCUGCCUGGCUACAAUGGAUCAGACGGAGUCCCGGGUAUACCAGGACAAAAGGGAGAACCAGGAAUAAAUGGGAAAAGAGGAAAAAUAGGUGUGCCAGGACCAAAAGGUGAUCAAGGGCAGAAAGGAGAACCUGGAGAAAUGGGUUUACCUGGCAAGGAUGGAAUGCCAGGAGGAAAAGGCGCAAGAGGAGCCAAGGGUGAAAAGGGGGAUGCAAACAACGAUGUGAUAGCAGAAGGUGCAAAAGGUGAACCUGGACCCCCAGGGCCCCCUGGACCACCUGGACCCCCCGGGCCUCCAGGAAAACGUAAAGGUAAAGCACAACUUCAGGAGAACAUAUACAGCAGCAAAUGCACAGGCGAGACGUGUGCGGUACCGAAUGACGAUACCCUGGCUGGAAAAGCUGAAGACAGAACCCCCAGUCCUUCCAAAAAAGCUGAGCGUGUCGUAACGUCCGUGGGGAGUCCUGUGCACUUUGUCAGUGUACAGCAAACGUUCGGAACUUGGAUGCGGGAACCUGCAAACAUCAGUGAUGAAAGGAUUUGGCUUACCCUGCAUUUUUCAGGAAACUCUAUAAGGGAAUAUGAGAAUUCCAAUGCCUUGCUGAACGACAGCUACAGGAUCAUUAACAUCACAGGGUUCUUUUACGGAUGUGGUCAUGCAGUGCAAAACAACCAUCUGUACUAUCAGAAGGGAGGAACCAACGUCGUUCUGAAGUAA